CAGAAUACUUUCGGUAUUUGCGGGACCAGACCCAGCUGUAAUACAUUGUUGCCUAUGGGAGAGACACACCGUUAAGCAGACCGGAACUUACAGUUUUUUAAUGUUAAACGGACCGAGUGGGAUAUCUUUAUUUAUCCAUCAUCUUUGACUAUAACGUUGUAUCACGUGGAAGAGCGGUUUACCUGGUCACAUGGUCAGAUCAUAGUGCCGCGAGACGAUUCAAUGUCGAGCUGAAGUGAGCUGCGAUUGUUGAGGAGAUACGACCGUGACAAAUUAGGGAUACCGGCUCGCAAAUGACUGUCUGCAAACGUGUGAUCCACAGGUAGACACCAUGAACUACGUGGGCCAGCUGGCAGGCCAGGUGCUGGUGACUGUGAAGGAGCUGUAUAAGGGCAUCAACCAGGCCACGCUUUCCGGCUGCAUUGACGUGGUGGUGGUCAGACAGCCUGACGGGACUUUCCACUGCUCCCCCUUCCAUGUACGCUUCGGGAAACUUGGCGUGCUGCGCUCCAAGGAGAAAGUGAUUGACAUUGAGAUCAAUGGAGAACCAGUGGAGCUGCACAUGAAGCUGGGGGACAACGGAGAAGCCUUCUUUGUUCAGGAAACGGAGCAGCAUAAUGAGAUCGUCCCUGCCCACCUUGUGACUUCGCCCAUCCCGACAGAGGAGGCUCUGUGGAGGGGCAGAGAGUCUAGAGCUGGAGGGUCGGGUCUGGAGGUUGUGCUGCAGCCCCCUCAGGGGUGCUCAGAGGACCCAGCCUCCUCCUCUGCCACCCUCCUCCCCCCCAGCAUCACAGCAGGGAAAAAGAAGAAGAGACGCAGGAGGAAGCACAAAGCAGAUCCCCGGAAGGAGGAGCAACAGACCCCUACUGCUUGUGGGGAGGAGGUCUGUGAGCUGAGCUCAGACGAUGAGCACGGUGGCACACACAACAACAGCAGGGCCUCUUCGUUCUCUACAGUGAAGGACACAGUGGAAAACAGGCAGCACCCCACCCUCCACUCUCUGGACAGAUAUCCUUUCUCUGAUGGAGACUGGUCUACCGGCAGCAGCCUCAGCAGAUCCUCAAGAUCCCUGUCCGAGCCCAUGUCUCCAAAGAGCGACUCUGAGCUGAUGGUGAAGUCAUCAGAGAGCAUGCUCAGAGCAGAGUCACACAUGCAGUGGUCCUGGGGAGAGUUCCCAGAAUCCACCAGGGUCUGUAAGAAAGAGCGCUCAGAGCUGACUAAGACGGUAACUAUAACUCCAUCAGAGAGCACCCACUUCAGGGUCAUCUUCAGCUCUGAGGCCAUGGGGGUGGAGGCAGGGGGCAUCCACAACACUCUGGACCCUGUGUGUGGACCUGCCAUCGUCAAACCAGAACCCCGGACUCCCAAACAAAGUGCCCUCCAUAGCUCCAAACACCACCCACCCGACUCUCUAUCUGAAACCCAUUGUCCCCCCCAACCUGAACCGUGUCCCCUCAAACUAGAGUUUGGUGCUCUCACAGCAGAGCCCAAUCCCACCCCCACCCCCACCCCCCUUCUGCCCAAGCCUGAGCGUAGGGCUCGUUGGACCUCCACUCCCCCCAGUGUGCUUGGUUCCAGCCGGAGGGACAGUGGCUCUGCUGCCUGUGGGGCCAGCCGCAUGGCUGGGGACCUGGGGCCCAUUGGCUCCAAGACUGACUCCCCGUCCAAGAGGAGAGGUGUGAGAAAGAGGAGUCAACACCAGGGUCCUGAGGAUAUUUACCUGGAUGACCUGAACGCUAUGGAGCCUGAUAUUGUUGCACGCUACUUAGGUCCCAAGAGUGAGUCCGAGGCGGUCCCUAAGCACUGGGUAGAGGUGGGCCGGCGCGAUGGGUCCCAGUCUCCCCAGUCUGUGGGCAGUGCAGCGGCCGACAGCGGGACCGAUUGUCUGUCUGACUCGGCUGGGGAUCUACCAGAUGUCACCCUGUCUCUCUGUGGAGGAGUCGGAGAGAACUCUGAAAUCUCUAAAGAGAAAUUCAUGGAGCACAUCAUCACAUAUCACGAAUUUGCUGAAAAUCCAGCAAUUAUUGACAAUCCCAAUUUGGUGGUUAGAAUUUCAAACCGAUAUUACAACUGGACAUUGGCAGCUCCGUUGAUACUGAGUAUGCAAGCUUUCCAGAAGAACCUGCCCAAGGCCACAGAAGAGGCGUGGGUGAAGGAGAAGAUGCCUAAGAAGUCUGGCCGCUGGUGGUUCUGGAGGAAGAGCAGCGUCAAACAGUCUUCAGAGGCCAAGCUGGACAGACAGGAGUCCCUGUCAGAGACACACAGAGACACAGAGAGCCCUGUCCUUGAUCAACAAAGUCCAGCAGUCCCACAGCAGAAAGCAGCAGCAGACUCCUCCAGUGAUGAAGAAUCUAAAGAGCUGAAUGCACUGGCAUCUACUGAGCGUGUGCAGACAGAGAUUUCAGCACCAACCGGAUCACACUCCUACAAGAAGUCUCUCCGCCUCUCAUCUGACCAGAUAGUGAGUCUGAAACUGAGGGAGGGGCCUAAUGACGUCACCUUCAGCAUCACCACUCAGUACCAGGGCACGUGUCGCUGCGAGGGCACCAUUUACCUGUGGAACUGGGAUGACAAAGUCAUUAUCUCCGACAUCGACGGCACCAUCACCAAGUCAGAUGUGUUUGGCCAAAUCCUCCCUCAGCUUGGAAAAGACUGGACUCAUCAAGGCAUCGCUAAGCUCUACCACUCAGUGCAUGAGAAUGGCUACAAGUUCCUGUACUGUUCGGCGCGGGCCAUCGGCAUGGCCGACAUGACCAGAGGUUACCUGCACUGGGUGAACGACCGGGGUACCAUCCUGCCUCAAGGACCCCUCAUGCUCUCCCCUAGCAGCCUCUUCUCUGCCUUUCAUAGGGAGGUAAUUGAAAAGAAGCCAGAGAAGUUCAAGAUUGAAUGCCUCACAGACAUCAAGAACCUCUUCUACCCAAACACACAUCCCUUCUAUGCAGCCUUUGGAAACCGAACAAAUGAUGUGUUUGCCUAUAAGCAAGUGGGUGUCCCUGUGUGUCGGAUAUUCACAGUCAAUCCCAAAGGAGAGCUCAUCCUAGAGCAAUCAAAAGGCAAUAAAACAUCGUACGGCCGACUGAGUGAACUGGUAGAGCACGUUUUUCCUUUAUGCAGUAAGGAGCAGAGCGCCACCUUCAGUUUCCCAGAAUUCAGUUCUUUCUGCUUCUGGAGACAGCCAAUUGAUGAAGUCUGUCUUGAGGAGCUGCUCUGAGACAACCAAUCGCUGAAGUCUGUCAUGAGGAGCUGCUCUGAGACAACCAAUCGCUGAAGUCUGUCAUGAGGAGCUGCUCUGAGACAACCAAUCGCUGAAGUCAGUCUUCAGGAGCUGCCCUGAUUCUGAUUGGACAAUUCCCACAGCUGUGGUAUUAUUUUCAUGUAUUAAGGUAGUAAUUAACAGACACUUUGGUACGGUAGAUAAACUUUGUUUUUUGGAUGAGAAAAAAAAAUCACUUGAAAUCAACCUCAAAUCAGCAUAGGCAAUAUUGUGUGUUGCGUAAUAUUUUCAUGGCUCUUUCCGUGAUUGCUUGCACUUCCUUAAUAUCAGCUUUGAUGACUGUAUACUAUGCGUCUACUGAUGCUUACUCAAUUGUUUAGUGCUCCCCAGGUACAAAAGCACUCGUUGUGAAGAUAUCAAUAAGAACUGCCUCACAUAAUACACGUAGGCAUACAUUCUAACAGACUGUACAGCCUUACAAUGUGAAGAGAAAGAAGGCCAGCUUAGUUGUAAGGUUAGUUGAUUAUUUGGCUUGAGUGUUAAUGCUGACUUUGCACUUCUCAUUUGGUUCAGUCUGCUUAUAAUUAUAACAGUUAUGUUGUUGCAAUAUGGUUAGAUGUUAAUUUGGAGAAUCACGCUACUUGGAAAGGCCUUAACUUAUACAGUGCAUGCUAAGCUUUAACUGAGAUUGUUCUCUGAGCUGCCAGUGGAACUGGCACAAGUCUUAAUUGGUAGAGAUGUAAUAUAUCUGAGCUGGCUCAAUGUUUAAGACAUACGGACAGGUAGCUGUAGUCAGGUUAAAGGUGAAGGAAGCACUUUCUAAAGUGUAGAUGUUGCUCACACACACACAGCAUGGGAGAUUUUUGAUGGAGACUGACUAAUUUGCACUGAAAGCACAAUUACAGUAUUAUGUUGAAACUUUUAGCCAACAUUUUAUGGGUUACCUUUACAAUGUUUAUGAAAUGAAUUCUUCUUCAUUGGAUAUAUUUCUGUUAUAGCUUGGGUUAGUCUUGUAUAUUUGGAACUAAUAUUUAGGUUUAGUUUGGCAUCCUCGUUUGGUUGUUGUAUGUGAUGGUGUUGCAGAGUUCCUCGGUAAAGAUGUCAUUCUUUCUAUGAAAGAGCUAUUGUGUGUGUGUGUGUGGAAGAAUUAUACACAUCCUAAUGCUCUAGUAUUUGUAGUUCUUUUCAGCAGCUGCUUGGAUCGUGAUCAGUGUAUCUGUUAAGAGAUUCAUUUCCCACUUCUCACUCUUUCCAAUCUCAAAAUGCCUUUUUGCUUGUGUCACCGUGUACAUUGAAGUGUGUGUUUUGGGAUACGAAUGGUUACCACAAUAAUAAAUACAUUCGAAGAUUC